CACUAUUUCUUGCAACUAGAUUAAUAUUAGUAAGAGCAAAAUUGUUUUCUGGAGUUGAGAUUCCACCUAAAUCAAAUGAGAUGAUAAAACUUUAUGAAGAUUUUAAUCUUGAUUCUACUAUUCAUAAUUCUUUUUUUAAAGAAGCAUUUCAACUUGUUUUAGACAAAUUUGACAAAUAUAUUAAUAAUAAUUCUGCAAUUUCAAUUUUUAAUGCAACUAGAUGUUUUGAUUCAUAUUACUCUAUAAAGAUAUAG